GACCCCGCGGUCGCGCGCAGCUCCCGGCGCGAUGGACUCGGCGCUGGCUGCUCAGAUAAGCGAGGCUGUGGCCGAGAAGGUCCUCCAAUACCGACGGGACACGUCAGGCUGGAAGAUUUGCCGGGAAGGCAAUGGAGUUUCAGUUUCCUGGAGGCCAUCUGUGGAGUUUCCAGGGAACCUGUACCGAGGAGAAGGCAUCAUAUAUGGGACACCAGAAGAGGUGUGGGACUGUGUAAAGCCAGCUGCUGGGGGCCUGCGAGAGAAGUGGGAUGAGAAUGUGACCGGUUUUGAAAUUAUCCAGAGUAUCACUGAUACACUGCUCAUAAGCAGAACCUCCACACCCUCGGCCGCCAUGAAGCUCAUUUCUCCCAGAGACUUUGUGGACUUGGUGCUAGUCAAGAGAUAUGAGGAUGGGACCAUCAGUUCCAAUGCUACCCAUGUGGAACAUCCGUCAUGUCCCCCGAAACCAGGUUUUGUGAGAGGAUUUAACCAUCCUUGUGGUUGCUUCUGUGAACCUCUGCCAGGGGAACCCAACAAGACCAACAUGGUCACAUUCUUCCAGACCGACCUCAGCGGUUACCUCCCACGGAACGUAGUGGACUCCUUCUUCCCCCGCAGCAUGGCUGGGUUCUACAGCAACCUUCAGAAAGCAGUGAAGAAAUUUCAUGAAUGAUGCUAUCACUUGUUGGCAAACAGCUGCCGUGACUCAUCGAGCAGCCCCAGUUGUUGGGACACCAGGGAUCCCAGGACCACCCAGAGGCCUCGGUGUGCUGUUUGGGACAAGCUGGUGGGCAGCACAUCUCUGAGGACACCAGCCAGAGGCAUCAACUCACCCCUUCCUGCCUCCUGUUCUGCUCAGGGUUGGCAAGGGAGGAGCUACUCACAGGCUCCGAGCUCUACCCACCUGCUGUUCAAACACAUCUCCCGUGGCAGGCUGGACCCAAGGCCUUGGUCGCUUGACAGGGAGAUGGCCCGGGCAUCACGUGAUGUCUCAGAGACCAGUGUACCUGCCAGUCAUAGAAAAUCAUCAUCGGUGCUGAAAACCAGGCCCUGUUGCCUUUCACCAGCUAGGGCUCUCUCAGACCUGUGAUGCAGACCCCAAAAUCUAUUUUUCUGAUGUAGACCCCCAUAUAUGUUUUUAACACUGCGCAACAUUUUAUUCCCUUACAAAGGUGUCAGCUUGGAAAAUAAUGGCUUAAAAAUUGGAUAAG